UCCAAGUCUAGUGGGUCAGAUUUGAAACUGUUUAAAGCCAAUGUGGCCUUUUUAAAAUGUUUUUCUUCUACUUUUUUUUAAAUUUUUAUUUUAGAGAGAGCUCAGGAGCAUCGUUGGGUGAGUGAUUUAUGCGCUGAAGCUGUGGCUCAUGAUGAAGGAUGUGCUUUUCUGCCAUCAUAUAGCAAAACGGAUUGGUUUCCUCUUGAUGAGCUCUGUCUUUAUGGAGAGCUGCAGCGCAAAGAUUCUAGAGAAGACAUUUGACCAGUGGUUGAGAUAUAAAGAUGAAUGUAUGAAGAAGAUGGCAAAUGAUCCUUACCCUUCAGGCCUCUUUUGCAAUCGGACAUUUGAUAUGUAUGCAUGCUGGCCAGAUGGGAAUCCAGGAGCGAUUGUCAACGUAUCUUGUCCUUUCUAUCUACCCUGGUACGAGAAAGUUAAACACGGGGUAGUGAGGCGCCAAUGUGGACUUGACGGGAACUGGGUGCUGCUGAACGGCACAGAGUUCUGGUGGGACCACGUCCAGUGUAUGGAAGAGAUGGAAACUACCACGAAAGAGGAAGCAACUCAUCGCCUGAUGGUCAGCUUCAAAGUCCUCUACACAGUGGGCUACUCGCUGUCGCUCCUGGCCCUGACCUUGGCUCUACUCAUCCUGACCGUCUUCAGGAGGCUUCGCUGCACUCGGAAUUAUAUUCAUGCUAAUCUUUUUGCUUCCUUUGGUCUACGGGCCAUAUCGGUGAUUGUGAAGGACGCGUUGCUGGAGAAGAUGUGGGGAAGGGAGACCUUCCAGAUGUCUGACUGGGAAGACUUAUUGAGUCAUGAGGCUGCCAUUGGUUGCCGGGUGGCUCAGGUCUUGAUGCAAUACUGCAUUCUAGCCAAUCACUAUUGGUUUCUGGUGGAAGCUGUCUACCUAUACAAGCUGCUGAUUGGCGCCGUGUUUUCAGAGAAGAAUUACUACACGCUCUACCUCUACCUUGGCUGGGGGACCCCUGUGGCCUUUGUGGUACCCUGGAUGGCUGCCAAAUACUUGAAGGAAAACACAGAGUGCUGGGGGGUUAAUGAAAACAUGGCUUACUGGUGGAUUAUUCGUAUCCCUAUUCUGCUGGCAUCUAUGAUUAAUCUCUUGAUUUUCGUGCAAAUUCUCAAAGUGAUCUUGGCUAAGUUACGGGCUAGUCAGAAGGACUACGCGGAUUAUAAACUGCGGUUAGCCAAGGCCACCCUCACCCUCAUCCCUCUCUUUGGGAUCCAUGAAGUGGUCUUCAUCUUUGCCACGGAUGAGCAAACCACGGGAAUCCUGCGCUACAUCAAAGUUUUCUUCACACUUUUCCUCAACUCCUUCCAGGGGUUUCUGGUUGCUGUUCUCUACUGCUUUGCCAAUAAGGAAGUGAAAGCUGAAAUGAAGAAGAAGUGGCAGUUGUGGAAACUGGACCAUCCAACAGUCAGCUGCAGUCAGUGAAGGAGAUCAUAUGGAAUUUGGUACAUCACACAGCAGGAAAUGAGCAGAAGCUGUUCAGAGAAACUUUGGGAUUGCUCCGAAUGGAUUGUUGCUGCUGUUUUAAGGCAAUUAUGACGUACUCUGGAAUGAUGCUCUUUGAUGGUUUGCUAUCUUCACUGUCUUGAGGCCAAAAGAUGGGGAAAGAUGGUUGACUCAGUGUCGGCAGGAGGAGGAGGAUUGGAAGUUCUGAAGAACAUCUUGAGAGAACUGUCUGGAACCAACAGCCAAAGGAAUCUUUUCAAACAACAUUGCAUGCCUAUAUCAUGGACCUCAAUUAGGUCAGGAUUCAACUUUGAUUGGUCAGACUUGGCUUUCGUGACAGGUAAAAGGCCUUCAUGCUCUCCAGGCAAGUGUUUUGCUCUUAUGGCUUUCAUAUAGCAGUGGUGGCGAACCUAUGGUAUGCGUGCCAGAGGUGGCAGAGCGCUUGCUAUGGGCACGCCCCAGCCUAGCUGCAUCACA